GGGCGGCGGAAGGCGGCUCCGGUGGCGGCCGGCGCGGGCGCUCGUCGCGGCGGCGGCCGGCGGAGGGCGGGGCGGUGCCUUUGUGUGAGCGAGCGGCGAUGGUGCGGGGCGCCGGGCGGAGCCCCUUGCCCUGCCACUUUCUGGAUGCCAAGCACCUCCUGCGGCUGAUGAGGGCGUGAAGAAGCAGCUGACCAGGACAGGGACCCCCAAGCAGCUGCUAAGAUGGGCAUGAGGAUCAAGCUGCACAGCACCAACCACCCCAACAACCUGCUGAAGGAACUCAACAAGUGCAGGCUCUCUGAGACCAUGUGCGACGUCACCAUUUUGGUGGGCACCCGCUCCUUUGCCGCACACAAGGCUGUCCUGGCCUGUGCUGCAGGCUACUUCCAGAACCUCUUUCUGAACACGGGGCUGGACGCCGCUCGGACCUACGUCGUGGACUUCAUCACCCCGGCCAACUUCGAGAAGAUCCUCAGCUUUGUGUACACCUCGGAGCUCUUCACAGACCUGAUCAACGUAGGCGUCAUUUACGAGGUGGCGGAGCGGCUGGGCAUGGAGGACCUGCUGCAGGCCUGCCACUCGACCUUCCCUGACUUGGAGAGCUCGGCCAUCCCCAAGCAGCCCUCCCUGGCCGUGGGCGAGGGCCGGUCAGGUCCUCUGAGCAGCACCUCCUCCGAGCAGAACCAUUCCGUGGGGGAAAUCCGGAGCAGCGGGGAGCAUUUCGGCGCCGAGCGCGGUUACAUCCUGCACGGGGAGGCAGUGGGCAGCUACAAGGAGGAUGACAGGAAUAACGCGAGCGAAGGCAGCCAGGCCCUUGCCCUGAUGCAGCAGCAGCAGCCUCCCAAGACGGAGCAGGAACCAGAUGCGGGGCAGUUUGCUCCUGCCGCAAGCGUGGCAGCCCAGCCCAGCCUGGGCAGCAUGAACAUCGUCGUUCAAACCACCACGAGCUCCUGCCAGCAGUAUAAAGUCCAGAGCAACGGUGACUACAGCAAGGGUGGCUUCUUCACCACCGACACUUCCCUGGACAUCUCCACGGGAAGCAACUCCUGUCCCAGCAACAGCGACCACUCCAAAGAGCAGGGCUUUGUGCAGAUGGAUGAGCUUCAGCUGGAAGAUUUGGCUGAGGACGAACUGCACUUCGAAGAUGCCAGCGAGGAGCUGGGCCCGUCAGAAGAAGUCAUUGAGCUGAGCGACGACAGCGAGGAAGAGCUGGCCUUUGAGAACGACAGCCGGGAUAGCAAGGCCAUGCCCUGCCAGGUGUGCAAGAAGGUGCUGGAGCCCAACAUCCAGCUGAUCCGCCAGCACGCCAGAGAUCACGUUGACCUGCUGACCGGGAACUGCAAGGUCUGCGAAACCCACUUCCAGGACCGGAACUCCAGGGUCACUCAUGUUUUGUCCCACAUUGGCAUCUUCCUCUUCUCCUGCGACAUGUGCGAGACCAAGUUCUUCACCCAGUGGCAGCUCACCCUGCACCGCAGAGAGGGGGUGUUCGACAACAACGUCAUCGUCCACCCCAGCGACCCGCUGCCGGGGAAGGUUGGCAUGUUUGGCGGAGGAUCUGGCUCGGAGCUGGCAUGCGCCGCCUGCGGGAAGCCUUUGGCCAAAGACUUCCACACCGUCCGCAACCACAUCCUGGACCACGUGAACCUGAAAAGCCAGACGUGCGGCGUAUGCGAUCAGAGGCACGUGAGCCUCUGCAGCCUGAUGUGGCAUGCCCUGUCUCACUUGGGGAUCUCAGUCUUCUCCUGCUCUGUUUGCGCCAACAGCUUUGUGGACCGGCACCUUCUGGAGAAGCACCUGGCCGUCCACCAGAACGUGGAGGAGGCCCUUUUCCGCUGCCACUUCUGCGGGCAGAGCUUCAAGCUGGAGGCAGCGUACCGCUACCACGUCAGCCAGCACAAGUGUGGCAGCGGCCUGGACAUCCGACCCAGCUUCGGUGACCGGCUCCAGCCGCAGGGCCUGCAGAAGAGGAAGCUGCCUGAGGAGUUCCUGAGCGAAGACCUGGCGCUGCAGAGCCAGCCGGGCAACAGUAAGUACAGCUGCAAGGUCUGCGGGAAGAGGUUUGCCCACACCAGCGAGUUCAACUACCACCGGAGGAUUCACACCGGAGAGAAGCCCUACCAGUGCAAGGUGUGCCACAAGUUCUUCCGCGGCCGCUCCACCAUCAAGUGCCACCUGCGGACGCACUCAGGGGCCCUCAUGUACCGCUGCACCGUGUGCGGCCACUACAGCUCCACGCUCAACCUCAUGAGCAAGCACAUAGGCGUGCACAAAGGCAGCCUCCCCCCGGACUUCACCAUUGAGCAGACUUUCAUGUACAUUAUCCAUUCCAAAGAUGCGGAGAAAAAUGCAGACAGCUGAUGGGGUGAGGCAGGGCAGGGCCAGCAAAGGAGCAAACGCUCGCGACAGAAGCUGUGGAGAAACGUCACUUAUUUUAUUUAAUGGUCAGGCGUCAUGGAUGGAAUCCUCUUUUUCUAUUUUUAUUAUUAUUUUUUUUUAAUUUUUGGCCUUGCUAGGUCUUUUUAGAUUGGCAUUGUACAAAUCAACAGCACGUAAGCUACAUCACUGUUUCUGAGAAGUCCAUCAUGUUUACUUACCUCUGAUCCUGUUAGAGGCCAAUGAGUUUUGUGUUUUUAGCAUUUCUCACUAGGUUUUGAAUCUAGAUUUUAUUUUUAAACCUUUUAGCCCACUUGACUAGGCUAACCCUCAGUUUGAGCUUACCCACAAACUGAUGCUGCUAAGAUAUUUUGACACCUGACCUCAGUAGAGAGGGACAGAGCUAGAGCAGGAUGGUGCUGGACUUGAAGAAAAAGAAAAAAGACAGGAAAACAAAGACUCGUUCUAGGCAUCACUGGGGUUCUGCUGCUAUUGUGAGGAGAGUCUGUGUCACAGGAUCGGCCUUGCCACCAUGGCUCCACUGCAGGGGAGAUGAGCAGGCAGUGAGGCGGGAUGCCAGGGGCACGCAACAGAGGGCGGCUGGGGGCCCUGGGCAUGUUGCUGCCAUGCCCGUGAUGCUGCUGCUGUCUUCAAAGACCCCGUUUUUGGACAAAGGGAAAGGAAGGAGCCGGCCACCUCGUGGCAGGGAGCAGCCCGAGCAGGGGGCUGCUCAGAGGGUAUGGGUGCUGCGAGCAGGGAGGUCCCAUGGAGGAAUGGCCGAGCGAGGCAGGGCAGCAGCUCCGUGCUGAGGGAUCGGCUGCUUCCUAGGAGGCGCUUUGCAGCGGCAUCAUCGUGCCCGGCUUUUGCCAGCUGCUGAGGGCGUGCUGGCAUCUCCUCUGUUCUUGUGCACGUGGCGCUUGCUGCGUCCCAGGGCGUCGUGUUGGAAGCUGCAGGAGAGCAGCGUUGCUGAGGCUGCGUGAUCCCAGCGCAUGAGCACAAGACAAAACCGUGGCCUUAUCUCUCCGUCGGUGUCGUCGGGAAGGACGGAGCUCUGCCAGAGGCGUGGCCCCCGCUGCUGCCACCGCUGCCGCCAUGGGUUGCCGCAUCCCGGACGUGUCUCCUCGCCAACGAGCGCUGCAGGACGGUGUUGGUGCCGAUGUGAGUUCGUUCGCCUUCUGUCGCGACGCCGUGACCGCGGCGUGUACCGGGGCAGCCACUGGGAGCCGCGUGUGCUGCAGUGUGGGCUCCCGGGGCCGGGCCGGCCCUGCCGGCAGUGUUUACACCAGGAAGGGUGGGACCGGCUCGUUCCCAUGCUAUCCUGCUGUGGGGCAGAGGUGGAGAGGAACAUAUUUUCCAAAUACCACAGCGUGAGUUAUAACUGCCCUUAGGUAACUCAUACUACCUCACAAACAGGAAGCGCUUUCAAGCCACAGUCGUCGUAAAUUGGGCUCCUGUGCUUCUGCAAAGAUAUGCUGUUACAAAACAAAACUAGUGAUUUGCAAACCCUGUGAGAUCACCCUGCUUCCCCCUCCGCUCGAAGGGGCAACCCGCAGCCCAGCAUGGUCCGGACGCGUGGUUCGUGAGCUAGGAAUUCCUGGGGAUUGCUCCCCCCGCUCCACUGUGGCCUUGGGCAAGUCACUUCACCUCUUUGCCUCAGUUUCCUCAUCUGUAAAAUGAGGGUGGUAACACUUGUGGUACCGACCUACCUCCCUGGAGUGUGCUGAAGAUUACUGGCUCACAUCUGCAAAGCGCGUGGAAGAUGCAAAGCACCUCGUGAGUAUUAACAUGUAGCAUCCGAGGAGAUGACAGCCUCCAUCCUCUCCUGUCCUGUAGCGGUUUCUUGAGGUACAACGGCCACCCAGCUGGGUCAUUCUACUCCUGUUACAGCCUUCCCCAUCGAAAGCAACUCUUCCUUUAGUCCCAUCCAAGUCCUGUGGAAUGAGCUACGUAGCAAUACAAGGUGAGGGGAGACUGAAACUUGUGGGUUGAGAUAAGGACAGGGAGAUCUCCCUCCACUUGCCAUUAUGGGCAAAACAGCCUUGGCUUGGGGAAGAUUAAUUUAUUGCCAGUUAAGAACCGUAGAGCAGUGAGAACUAAAAGCAGACUAAAAACACCUUCCUCCCAUCCACCCUCUUCUACCUCCUCUCCCAAGCAGUGCAGGGGAACAGGGGCUGCGGUCAGCCUGCAGCGCUUCCUCUCCACUACUCCUUCAUCAUCACGCUCUUCCCCUGCUCCAUGCAGGGUCCCUCCCACGGGAUGCUGUCCUUCCUGAACUGAUCCCACGUGGGCUCUCUGUGGGCUGCAGCCUCCUUCGGGCCACAUCCCCCUGCUCCCCCCUGGUCCCCUCCAGGGGCUGCAGGGGAACUCUGCUCCCACACCUGGAGCACUGGCGCGCCCUCCUUCUCCCACUUCGGUGUCUGCACAGGGCAGGGGCAGAGGAGCCGACCUCACUUGGGAGGAAAAGGGGAAGUGGAGGCUGCUGAGGGGUUCGCAUCCUUUCCCCCAUCCGUGUCAUGUUGGCCAGGUUUGGGCCAGCUGACUGCCUGCUGGAGAUGCCUAACGGGACUCGUCCGCUUGGCACUUUGGUGCGUGCAGUAUGUUUACAGAGGAAAAUAGGUACUGAUAUGGUAGGUGGCUCGUGUGGGAGAUGGGGGAGGUGUCUGUCAGCCAGAGUUGCGCUUCCCGAGUGCUGGUUGUGGGGUGCUGCUGGUCAGCCAGUGGCCUUGGUGCGGGACCCCCGGCAGCAAGGAGCCGUGCCCACCCUGCUGGCUCAAAGGGAAGAGCUCAGGAGCCGUGUUGGGGGCCGGCAGCACGGCACUGGGGGGCUCGUUGAGGCACAGGGUCGCCUCCGUUGUCCUGAUGGUGGUGAGGUGUGCUGGUGGAUGGCGCCCUGGCAUGUGGGGAAUGGACGUGGUCUGCUUUGGAGGUUGUUAUGAAGGAUGUGAGGGAGGCUUGGGACCACUGAGUCUUCAAAGCCUCAAGACCCUCCUGAAAUGCCCCAGGAGCUUCAAUGAGCUUCGGGACGCCUCGGGGCACUGGUGCAUGGUAACAGCCUGCAGCCCCGUGUCUAGCUAAGCUGUGAAGCAAAAGCCUUUUGUGCACAUAAACCAAAAAGAGAAGCUUUUACACUGAAACAGUAGCGGGCAAAGCAAGCCCACCCUUCUGAGCACAGGGACAGGAAAGCAAAAGCCCACCCCGUCUUCUGCCGGCUGCUUUUGGUGUGUGGGUGGGGAGAGAGCGCUCAGGUCCCUGAUGUUUCUGUCUUGGUUUCUUCCCUGUGUGGUCAUGAAUUAUUCCCACGUGAAGCUGCCUGUGAUUGGCAGCGAGCUCUCGUUUGUGGAGGCAGUGUGGGAACGGGGCCAUGGCUGAGAGGGGCUGAGGGAGCUCUCCUCCCCUGUGGUCGGGGGGCUGCAUGGCAUGCCCCACACCGGGCCUGGCCCCACAUCGGGCCCGGCCCCACACGGCCCCUCUGCCAGCCCCACCAGGCCUGGGAUGGGGCCCCAGCAGCCCCCACGGCGCUGCGAAGGGUGCUCGGAGCUGCCUUGCUCCGACCCCUGCAAUGCAUCACGCCGUUCUGGUUUGUCCUCCCCUUUCUCGAAGGAUCUGGGUCUCUUAACAAAAUAAUUAAGCAGAAGAAAGGAAAAAAAAAAGUUGAAUUGCUGUCUAACCUUUUUGUUAAGUUAAUAGUAGGUACUGACCUCCUGAUAUUUAAGUGUUUACUAUCUAUUUGCUGUAAAGUUUUGUAUAUUUUGUAAACUUUCCCCCCAAAUAGUAGAUGUCUAAAAUCGUUGUACAUUGGGUUCUUUUAUACUCCAUUGUUCAGCACAAAGUGUGGUUUUUAUUUAGAAUAAUAAAAUGAAAAAUGUUGA